AUGAGUCUUUCUCAGUUAGACUCAGUAUAUAUUUAUCCAGAUAAGCGAGAAGAAUAUGUUCGUUUAUUUGAUGAAUUCUACAAAAUUGUUGGAAUUUAUGAUAAUCGUGUUGAAUUAAUGAAGUCAAUUAAAGAUAAUAUUAAGCGCGUAAACAAACAAAUGGAAAUGGUCUCUUUCUUCGGUGAAAAUCAAUAUUGUAUUCGGAAUUUAUCCGAGAAAUCAGCAGAAUUUCUUUGGUAUGUUUAUUUGACUGAUUUUACUACACAAUCAAUUUCUUCUGUAGAGGAUCCGAAUAAUGUUGCUAUCUUUGCUGAUAUAUCCGCUUUUAGUAAUUUUCCGGAAGAGCAAGAAGUACUGUUUGAUGUUGGUACAGUCUUUAAAAUAGAAAUAGUUAAGGAAGAAAAACUAGAAGAUAAUGAUAUACUAUUAGUUGUGAUAAAGACAACUGGAGAAGGACAAGACAUUACAGCAAACUAUAUGGAAGUGAAUCGACGAGAAAUGCAAGAGGAAAGUCCAAAAAUAAUGCUUUGUAAUCUUUUGAAAAAAAUAGGUAAAUUUGAAAAAUCUCUGAAAUUUCUUAAACAACUUCAAAGGAAUCCUGGUGAUGAAAAUCUGGCUCAUAUUCAUAAUCGAAUUGGUAUUGCUCUCAAAGAUGAGAAGAAAUACGAAGCUGCAUUAGAACAUUUUCAAACUGCAUUUGAGUUGGCUUAUAAUUCCGAACCACCACAACGCAAAUACUCUGCUUUUAUACUUCAUAAUCAAGGUCUAGUCUAUGCCAAACAAAACAAAUUAAAUGAAGCGUUACGUUUUCAACAACGUGCCAUGGAAAUUGUAGAGAGUAUAGGAAGUACUAAUUCCCAUUUUGUUGCUUCAUACUAUGGUAGUAUCGGACGAAUUUUCUCACGUCAGAAAGAUUUUGAUAAAGCUAUGAAAUACUUUAUGGAAGCGAUAAAAAUAAGUGAAAUGUCUUUAUCAACUGAUCAUGUUUAUAAUGCUUUCAAUUUUGCAAAUAUUGCUACAAUGUAUGCUCGUCAACAUAAAUAUGAUGAAGCUCUUUCAUAUCAUCUUAUGGCGUUGGAAUUACGAAAGAAAUAUUUACCAUCCAAUAACUAUAAUCUUGGUUGGAGUCUUGAGGAAGUGGCCCGCAUGUAUUACAAGAAGGGUGAUUCACAGAAAGCACUUGAAUAUUAUUUAGAAUCAUUGAAAAUUGCAAGAAGUUAUACAUUCCCUUCUUGGCAACACAAUCUCAUCCGGUUACUCGAUAAUAUUGCUUUAGUUUAUGGUAGUGGGUAUGAGAAAGCGUUAGAGUAUCAUUUACAAGCAUUGGAAAUGCAAAGAAAAUUUGAGCCUACUAACUAUCGGACUCUCAUUAAACAUCUGGAAAAAAUAGCAUCUACGUACAAGUGUAUCGGUGAUAUGUACAAUUCACUGAAAUACUUUAAAGAAAUUUCGACAAUAUAUGAAAAGUAUCUCUCGUACGAUCGUAACAAUAUGGCGCAACAUUUUAAUACGAUGGCUUCUGUUUAUGAGCAAAUGAACGAGUUAUAUUAUGCCCUCAACUACUAUUCUAAAGCGAAGCAUAUUUACGAAGAGCUUUGUUCUUAUAAUACUCUAUUCUAUGAAAAUAUUAAACAAUCUAUUAAACGAGUUAAAGACUCAAUACGAAGACGAAGCAAUCGUUCACUAUGUAGCUCAAAUAUAGUUGGUGAAUCGAAAGCUUUGAAUUCUGAUAAAGAAUGA